UUUCAUAACCUGUUCAAUAAGAAUUUAAUAGGCACUCAGUUGUGAAAAAUUAUUUAUAUUGRAAUAUUUUUGUGUGAUAAAAGAUGUUAAGUUUAGGUAUAAGAUGGGAAACCUGUAGGAAGCUACAGAUACUUUGUACAUCACCUUGCCUUACAUCUCGGUUACAGUCAACAGUAGCAACAUCGACCAAAGCAAGCAAUGCACGCGAUAACACCGAGUAUACUGAUGAGCCAAUUUAUCCCGAAAUACAAGAUUUAUCAUUUAAAGCACGAAAACUGCGUGAAACUGGAAGUUGGCAUGAGGAAAUACGCAAAGUACCAACCGUGGAAGAGAAGUUAAUCAAGAUUAACAUGCCUCGUUAUUAUGGAUUCAAAGUAGUAGAUUUGAGUGACUCGAAAGUGCCAUACAACAGUUUGCCUGCCAUGCAGCACUAUACUCGCACUAUUUACGAAGAUGUUAAGAGUAAAGAUCCUUUACAAGAAACCSCACAAACAGAUGAUCAAAAAUUUGAAGUAUAUACUGAAUCAAUUAAAUCUGAAAUACAAGAAUCAAUUGAAUAUGUAAACGAUUAUUUUAGUAAUGCAUAUCCAGAUGCAGCGAAUAUGGAACCACAGGAAAGGGAAAAUAUAUUCGCCCGACUUAUUGUUGAACAAGUGAAUAGAACACUAAUUAAUGUAUUGUCAAGUGAUUUUCUUCAUCUCCAAGAAUCAGAAAUUGAUUACASUCCAAGACACGAAGCUUUUUGGUCAGUGGGUGGAAUAAAUCCUCCAAAAAACGUUGUAAGGAGUAAAAAGGGCCGUAAAUGGCAAAAAGAAAUGGCAAACGAUCCUUAUAACCGUUUCAUGCAAUAUUCAGGAAAGCCUUUUCUUGCAAUAAGACAUCGGAACCAAAUCACUCCAUGGAAAAAUGAGUCGGAAUCAACAAAUAUCGAAUUGGCGAAAACUGUUCCACGUUUUAACUAUGAUCCACGUACCCUAGGAUAUGUCUGUAGUCAUCAACACCUAACCAAUAUUCCAGGGUUCUGGCCUGGCAGCAGAAAUAUUUUUGGGAGCAUUUCUUAUCAGUCACGAGCUUUUCUUCAAAUAAGACCAGAUACAUACGGAGUUGAAGAUUUCAAAGAGGCUUUGCACGCUCAUGCAAUUCAAAGUAGCUAUUCUUGGUUACUGGGACAAGCUAGUUACAACGGAUUUAAUACUUUUAACGAUCUUACGUAUCCAAUGAAUACACAAACCAUUGUAACAAAUGGACGUGAUUGGUCAUUUUACGAAUACCAGUUAAACACGUUACUUGUACACUCACAUCAUGUAGAUGAUAAUCCGAAAGUUAAUUUUUGCCGAGGAACUGCCGAGAUCAAACUAUAUGGUGAAAUAAAUAGUUCUGGUAAAGUUGUUGAUUUUAAUGAGGAUGUCUUGCGGCAUCUUCUACGCUUUUAUAUAAAUGCACCGGAGAUCCAUAGAUCUGCAAGCGAAAGGCAACCCUAUUUGGGAUCMGUUGUAAAGUAUAUAGCUGACUAUGAAAAUGCGGAGAAGCGCGAAUUUUUAGAACGUGUGUUUAAAAAUUUAAUGUCCAAUAGACCUCGACAUUUAGCUAUCCCUGAAAUCUAUCUUUGGGAAAAGAUUUAUAAAAUUGAUAACAAAACGAGRGUCAUGGAGCCAAAACGUCGCUUCUUUGAGUUAGGCAUAAAUCCAUGGUUGAGAACACUGGAUCAACAUCAAAAGGAGUAUAUACCAAGAGCAUUGCGACCAGAAGGACCAAAGAGUAAAAAGAAGUGGAAGCAGACUUUUUAUCCCUAAAUUGUAAAUUAAUUUUAUACGAAAUCAUUGUUAAAAGCGUUCUGAACCAAACAAAGUUUUGAAAACAAAA